AUGGGUGUGGUGAUGGGGAGAGAUGAGAAGGUGAACAUCCCUCAUAUGUACAUCAAGCUGGUGAUGGAUCUUGCCAAGCUUCGAAAGUUCCAUUGGGGUCUUCACUCCUACGACUUCUUGCUGAGUUCCAUUGAGAAGGCUAGGAAGAAGUUGGGUAAGAAGAACAGCUACAUUUUCGAGGGUGUCUCCUAUGCUUUCCAGAUUUUGAUUAUGGAAGAAAUUCUGGAUUUCGGAGAAAUAUGUGGCAGAAGAUUCUCGGACAGUUUCAGAGGUCCAAGGUGUGGAAAUUGGAAAGAAAUUGCAAAAGUUUCUUAUGAAGACAUCAUUCAACUUGAGGACUCAUUUACUAAGAAGGGAGACUUGUUCUCGGUCAUCUCAGUGACUGGUAAUGGUGAUGUGUUUUUGCAUGCUGAUUAUUCAAGGAAGGAUGAGAUGGAAGAUGAACAAGUGGACCUUCUUCUCAAUAGGAUUAAAACAAGUUUGAUUGGAGCAACACAGAAAGGCCAGUUAUAG